AUGGCGGAAGAGCUCAAUCAGCGACUGACCGAUGUCUUCGAUGGCAUGCUGUCGUUGAUCCCCCCGGCCUUCUACUUCCCUCCGGAGGAGGAUCUCGAGCGCUACUUCGUGUUCCGCACCGGUGACGUGCGCGCCAAGCCGCCCACCGAGGACGCCAUCCAGAAGUCCGCCCGUGCCAAGUUGAACCCGACCAACUACUACUCGGUGCCUCGGAUCCAGGAGAUGCUGCUCCAGGAGCGCAUCGCCGGCAUCAGCUUCAACAGCGACGACGAGGAGGAAGAUGAGGACUACGACGUCGACGAAGACGACAGCGACGACGAUGGCGGCCUCAACGGCCAGCGGUCCUCGUCGUUCAUGAUGUCCGGCGCCGCCGACGAUGACGAUGAAGACGACAUGGACGAAGAAGAGGAGGAAGACGAGAUCGACGAGAACGAUCACGAGAAGGAGGUGAAGCUGAGCGCGGCCAAGGGGCGCGCCAAGAGCGUCAACGAGCUGCGCGAGCGGCUGCAGGCCCGCCUGACCGAGCUCAGGGCCAAGCGCGGCGCCAACGGCGAGGAAUUCGAAGAAGACGAGGACCAGUACCAGCAGCCGCAGCAGUACCGCGCCGCCAACGGUGGUGGUGGUGGUCGUAUCACGAACCUGGCGGCGGAGGAGGAGGCCGAGCUCAAGGCCGCGGUGCUGAACAAGCGCCAGGCCAAGAACAAGCCCAAGACCAAGGACGACAAGCAGAAGGAGAAGGAGAAGAAGCAGGCCGACAAGAAGCAGAAGACCGCCGACAAGACCGCCGCCGAGAAGAAGAAGAAGAAGGAGCCGAAGAAGGCGGAGAAGAAGCCGAAGGAGGUGGAGAAGGCGAAGAAGGAGAAGAAGAAGGAGAAGAAGGCGGAGAAGCCGCCGAAGAAGAAGGCCAAGAAGGAGGCCGUGCCUAAGGCCGAGGAGGCCCCCGCCGCUGCGGCCAACGGCACGACCGCCACGGCCGACAAGAAGGAGAAGAAGAAGGAAAAGAAGGAGAAGAAGGUGGAGAAGGAGAGCGAGUCGACUACUACGCCGACGAAGACCAAGGAGAAGAAGAGCAAGGCCAAGAAGGAGGCGGCGGAGGCGAACGGCGGGCUGGAGUUCGGCCAGCUCGACUUUGGCAGCGAUGCGCCACUGCCCACCUACCUCGCCAAGAAGCGAAAGCACGAGAACCGUAAGCUGCUCCUCGAGAAGGUCAAGAAGCAGAAGCAGGACGCCGAGAUCGCUGAAGAGAACCCUCGAGUGCAGAAGAAGCUCGAGAAGCAGGCCUGGGAGAAGGCGCUGGCGAAGGCUUCGGGCGAGAAGGUGUUCGACAACGAAGCCCUCCUCAAGAAGAGCAUCAAGCGCGACGAGCAGAAGAAGAAGAAGAGCGCCGCUGCCUGGAAGGACAGGGAGUCAGAGGAGAAGAAAAGGCAAGAGAUGAAGCAGAAGAAGCGGACGGAGAACAUCAAGGCCUACCUGGAGAAGAAGAAGGAGCAGAAGCUGGGCAAGAAGGCCAAGCCCAAGACCCGAGCCGGCUUCGAGGGCAAGAAGAAGAGCUUCAUCAACGAGGCCUAG